GUGUUCGAAUGGGUGCGAAGCUAAUGCUAACAGAGACACUUUGGGUCUAAUUCAGUUUUAAUCAAACUCUAACUCUAUGACCUCUGCACAUGUGGAGCUUACACACUGAUCAACGAUUAUCGAUCAGAUGAUCAGUUCUAUCUGAGGGUUCUACAGAAGCUAACAAAGCCUGACACGAGCUAAGAGCUCAGUAGAAGCUCGGGACGGUUCUGUUAGCCAGGCUAAGCUAACAAAAGGUAAAAGAGGCCCCGUGCACAAGUAAGACAGUAAGUCUGUCAGUGAUCAGCAGCUGAUUGAUCAGUGAUCAGUUCUGUCUGAAUUUGAAUCUCUGUGGUUUUAACUCAGAAACCGGAAAAUUUUUCUGCCAAUGACUGAACUGUUUUCACAGUAAAAUAAUAGUAGUAACGACUGAAGACUUCCGGUUUUAGCUCCUCCCUUUCCGGUGCUGAUGUGGAGUUCAUGCCUGAGAUCUUGUACUUACUGACAUUGGCUUGAUAAUCCGGAUCUCGUGGUUCAUGUUCUGGUAUCAGUCGUCCUGGUCUCGGUCCAUUCCAGUGUGUGGACCCAGUCUUCAGUGGCUCAUAUGGUUCAUCUGAGUCCAUCUGUCCAAUGUGGGCUCGUUUAACAGACAUCAGAACCACUUCAGGAACGACGGACGAGCCGCAAAAAACCAUUACAGUGAAAUCUCCUCAUCAUCCUGUAGAUCAUGGCCCCCAGGGGUGUGCCGUCUCUCAUCAUGGAGAACGGACAGGGCACCACCACAAAGCUGGGUCUGCCACCGCUCACCCCCAACCAGCAGGAGGCGCUCCAGAAGGCCAAAAAAUAUGCUAUGGAGCAGAGUAUCAAGAGUGUCCUGGUCAAACAGACCCUGGCCCAGCAGCAACAGCUGACCAGCCUUCAGAUGGCGUCUCUGACCAUGGGUUUGGGAGACGCUCUGUCUCCUCUGCAGUCGGUGGCGGCGCAGCGGCAGCGGGCUCUGGCCAUCAUGUGUCGCGUCUACGUCGGCUCCAUCUACUAUGAACUGGGGGAGGACACCAUCCGCCAGGCCUUCGCACCCUUUGGACCAAUCAAAAGCAUCGACAUGUCCUGGGACUCUGUGACCAUGAAGCACAAGGGUUUUGCAUUCGUGGAGUAUGAGAUGCCUGAAGCUGCUCAACUCGCUCUGGAACAGAUGAACUCUGUGGUUCUUGGAGGCAGAAACAUCAAGGUUGGACGUCCCAGUAAUAUUGGUCAAGCUCAGCCCAUCAUCGAUCAGCUGGCAGAGGAAGCACGAGCCUUUAAUCGGAUCUACGUGGCGUCGGUGCACCCUGACCUUUCUGAUGAUGACAUCAAGAGUGUGUUCGAGGCCUUUGGGAAGAUCAAGUCCUGUAUGUUGGCCCGCGAACCCACCACAGGACGCCACAAAGGAUAUGGCUUCAUCGAAUAUGAUAAGGCUCAGUCAGCGCAGGACGCCGUUGCCUCCAUGAACCUGUUCGAUCUCGGGGGGCAGUACCUGCGGGUGGGGAAAGCUGUGACUCCACCCAUGCCCCUCCUCACGCCGACUGCUCCUGGAGGCCUCCCCGCCGCUGCUGCUGUGGCCGCCGCCGCCGCCACAGCCAAGAUCACAGCUCAGGAGGCGGUGGGAGCGUCGGUGCUGGGAGCUCUGGCUGGUCCGGCGCUCCUCUCUCAGCAGCUUGGAGGACUUCCUCAGGCCGUCAUGGCGGCCCAGGCUCCAGGUGUGAUCACAGGUGUGACCCCAGCUCGGCCCGGUCUGCCUCAGGUGGGUCUGGUGAACCCGGUGCUGGCCACGCCCCCGGUGGCGGCGUUGGGCAGUGAGGUAAAGAGGAAAGACAAGGAGGAGGAGGAGCGUCGGCUGGACGCUCAACUGGAUGGCAUCACGGAGCCACUGAGUGAACAGGAGCACAUGAGCAUCAGUGGCAGCAGCGCUCGCCACAUGGUGAUGAGGAAACUGCUGCGCAAACAGGAGUCCACUGUCAUGGUGUUGAGGAACAUGGUCGGCCCCGAUGACAUUGAUGACGACCUGGAGGGCGAGGUGACUGAGGAGUGCGGUAAGUUCGGGGUGGUGAAGCGUGUCAUCAUCUACCAGGAGCGUCAGGGUGAGGAGGACGACGCCGAGAUCAUCGUAAAAAUCUUCGUGGAGUUCUCGGAGGCAGCAGAGAUGAACCGCGCCAUCGCGGCGCUCAACCACCGCUGGUUCGGAGGACGCAAGGUGGUCGCAGAGGUGUACGACCAGGAGCGCUUUGAGAGCGGUGACCUGUCGGCAUAGCGAUGCACACGUGUUUUCUUGAAUUCGAGGACUGGGUGACAAAAGCUGAAGUCUCCACUGUCUCAUCUGUUUCAGUUCAGUUAUUUUUAAGUUUUUUAACGUCAAGUCAAAAUAAAUGAGCAAAAGCACGAAACCUGAACUCAGCAGCUCCGAGGGCGUCUUCACAGCUUAUCUCUUUUUGUCUUAUUUUGUCUUUUAUGAAUAACUUAAAAUAAUCAAUAAUGUCUGUUUUUUUUUCAAAUUUUACUCAGGACCAAAAAUUCAGCCUUUAACGAAACAGCGGUUUGAACUUUAUCGACAGUGAUGUUUGUUUUUUAUUGUCCAGUCCUUCUGGCGACCUCAGCUGGAGAAGACGAAGCCGCCAUCCAAUCGUCGUUUGAAUCAGAUGUGUCACCUCCCUUGAGUUUCCUCCUUUUUUAAAAAUAAAACAAACCUGCCCUGCCCCCUGGUGUUUCUGGACCGGAACUGACUGAGUUUCCUGAAUGCACCGUCAGACUCCUCUCACACACCAAACAUGGAUUCUGUUGGACAGAAGUCAAAGGUCACGGGUCUGUGUGUUGACAGGUCACCGAAAUAUGUGAAUAAAACUUUUUUUUUACCGCA